CCAAUGGCCGAAAUCGAAAUUCCUCAAUAUUUUGUUUGUCCCAUUUCGCUUCAGAUUAUGAAGGACCCUGUGACUGCAGUAACAGGCAUAACAUACGAAAGAGAAAGCAUCGAGCAAUGGUUGUUGAAAACCAAAGUUUGUGUGUGCCCAGUUACAAAGCAACCAUUGCCAAGAAGCUCAGAGUACUUGACACCCAACCACACGUUACGAAGGUUAAUCCAAGCAUGGUGUUCAUCAAAUGCAUCCAACGGUGUCGAUCGAAUUCCAACCCCAAAAACCCCUCUUGACAAGAUCCAUGUUCAGAAGCUUGUAAGAGAUCUUGAUGUUCCUCAAUGCUCACAAACGGUGUUGGAGAAGAUGCUUGCCCUGGCUACAGAGAGCGAGAGGAACAGAACAUGUAUGGCGGAAGAAGGAGUAGCAAAAGCUAUGGUUAUGUUGAUUAACAAGAAUUUCAAGGAAGGGAAAAACAAUUGCCCAGAAGAAGCUUUGAGAAUUGUUCAUCUUCUUUGGAACAUUCCAACCAUGGUCAACAACAUGAAACAUCUAGUUGGUAAAAAUUUAGACUUCAUCAAUUCGUUGACUUGGAUUUUGCAACUUCACAUGGAUCACAACUUCAAGAUGGUGAAUGAAGCACUGACCCUUUUGAAAUUGACAAUUGAAGUUGCUGAUUCAACCCCAUUAGGGAGUUUAAACCUUGAAUUCUUCAGAGAAAUCAUGAGAGUGUUGCGAAAGAGAGCACUACUCUCUCAACAAGCUAUUAAAUCUGCUUUGCAUGUUCUUAUAAAAACGUGCCCUUUGGGUAGAAACAGAACAAGGAUAGUGGAAGCAGGUGCAGUCAAAGAACUCAUAGAGAUUGAGCUUGAAAAACCGGAGAAGAAUCUAACAGAGCUCAUAUUUAACCUUUUGGCACAACUAUGUUCUUGUGCUGAUGGAAGAGAACAGUUUCUGUUGCAUGCAGCAGGGAUAGCAAUGAUUUCAAAAAGGAUUUUGAGGGUUUCUCCAGCAACAGAUGACCGAGCACUUAAUAUAUUUUUGGUGAUUGCUAGGCAUUCAGCAUCAAAUGAGGUUGUUCUAGAGAUGUUGAGGGUUGGAGCAGUGUCAAAGCUUUGCAUGGUGAUGCAAGCCGAUUGUGCUUCGUAUUUGAAAGAAAAAGCAAGAGAUACACUUAGGUUACACUCCAAAGUUUGGAAUAAUUCUCCUUGUAUACAAGUGUAUUUGUUAACUAGGCACCAAAGAUGA